UCAUGGGAGUAAUGCAUUAAACGUGUAUAUUGAUUCGAUACUGCCCCUUAGUACUUUGCUAGAAAGCACACUAUAUUGUUAGUUUAUCAGUACCGAUUAUUAGAUCGAAACGUCGUCAAAAUGCCUCCAGGUACCAUUUAUACAUGCUAGCUGCAGAGCCAUGUCCACAAAAGCGCUCAAGCUAAGUAGAACUGGUGUAUAGUUGUGGGAACAUAGCAUUAGCUAAUCACCAAGCUAACCAGCAAGUUAGCGAAAGGGUUGAUACUCAUCAUCACCUUGGUUUUUGACACAUUCCGUUUGAGAGAUGCUUAGUUUUUAGUUGGACUUGGAUUACGUGCGUGAAGGUUUUAUGGUUUUGUUUGUUCGUUAGCUGUGAGCUAGCUACACGACCGAAGGAAGCCGGUGAUUCUUAAGUUAGCAACAACUGCAUACAAAGGCCUGUCGGAGCCCACGGUGGGAGCUCGAAAGUUAAGUCGCUGUUUUACUUCAAACGUAGCGGUAACACGGUCAGUGAUGGCUUCUUCGUCUGGAAACGACGAUGACUUAACCAUUCCAAGAGCAGCUAUCAACAAAAUGAUUAAAGAAACUCUACCCAACGUACGAGUUGCCAAUGAUGCCAGAGAGCUUGUUGUCAAUUGUUGCACGGAAUUCAUUCACCUCAUUUCUUCAGAGGCAAACGAAAUAUGCAACAAAUCUGAAAAGAAGACUAUCUCUCCAGAACAUGUCAUAAACGCAUUGGAAAGCCUUGGCUUUGCGUCGUACAUCACAGAAGUAAAAGACGUUCUUCAAGAGUGCAAAACGGUAGCGCUUAAAAGGAGGAAGGCGAGUUCCCGCUUAGAAAACCUCGGGAUACCCGAGGAGGAACUUCUCCGUCAGCAGCAGGAGUUAUUCGCCAAGGCGCGGCAGCAACAAGCAGAGUUAGCACAGCAGGAGUGGCUGCAAAUGCAACAAGCCGCCCAGCAGGCACAGUUAGCCGCAGCCUCCGCCAGCGCUGCCCAACAGGCUGGCUCUUCCCAGGAUGAGGACGAAGAGGAUGACAUGUGAUCGGCCCACCUCCCACACAUACACACAAACACAUCUUGCCAUCCCAACACCACCCCCCUGCAAAAGGACCACUGCAGUGUUUAAGUGUUCCCUUUUUCUUGAUAGCCCUCAAAUGAGCAGUAUAUACACUCAAAAAGAACUUUUUUCAGGUUUAAACCAACAGAAGUUGUCUGUGGUGUCUUUUUGAUAU